AUGUCUCGUUCCCUCGAAGGAAAGCUCGGAAUCGUCACCGGCGGCUCUCGAGGCAUUGGCUUCGCCAUCGCGGAGAACCUCGCCUCCAAAGGCUGCAACUUGAUCCUAGGCUACACCUCCGCCUCCUCCAAAGCCCCCGCCGACCAGCUCGCCGCCGACCUCCAGACAAAACACAACAUCACCGUCCUCCCCGUCCAGGCCGACAUGGGAACCCCAACCGGCCCCCGCUCCCUCGUCGAGACGGCCAAAGCCCACUUCCUCCAAAAGGACGGCAAGUUCCAGGUCGACAUCCUCAUCAACAACGCCGGCGUCGCCCACAACAACCUCCUCCCGGACAUCACAGUCGAGCAGUUCGACCUCUCCUACCGCGUCAACGUCCUCGGGCCCCUCCUCCUCGUCCAGGCCCUGCAGCCCUACCUGCCGCGCGACCGCAGCGGCCGCAUCGUCAACAUGUCCUCCGUCUCUUCGUCCACCGGCUUCCCCGAGCAGAGCGUCUACGGCGGCACCAAGGCCGCCCUCGAGGCCAUGACCCGCACCUGGGCCCGCGAGCUCUCCGAGAACGCCACCGUCAACGCCGUCAACCCGGGCCCCGUCCUCACCGAGAUGUACGCCGGUAACACCCCCGAGUUCAAGCGCUUCAUCAAGGGCUUCAUCGAGCACACGCCCCUCAUGCGCGCCCGCAAGGGCAUCGACUCGGACGAGCUCGUCGCCGAGGCCGAGGAGGCCGGCGGCCGCCCCGCGUACGUGGGCGAGAUUGCCGGCGUUGUCGGUAUGCUUGUGUCCGCGGAGUCUGCUUGGUGUACUGGUCAGGUUGUCUGCGCCAACGGCGGCAUGCUGUUUGGUAUGCAGUAG